AUGCUUGCUUUGGUUAGAAUGAAUCAUUUGUCAAAAGCAAGUACAGGCACAUCCAAUUCAACUUUAUCGACCGGGUCCGACGAUCAAAUGUCGUCGAUUGGUAAUACGGACAAAAUGCUUACUUUAAGCGGAAAUAUUUCUCAAGAACCAACAACGCCAUGUGUAUUAAAUACACCAAAUACUUGUACAAAAAAUUCAACAUUUUUUUAUGAAAUUCCAUCAUCUAUGCACACACCAACAUUGACGGAGACGCAGUCAACAAGUGUCUCAGUACUUUCUCAGCCAUUAGCCCCACCACCACCUCGACCGUUAUCCGAUUCUUCAUCUUCUCUCGAUCUAUUGUCAUCUCAUCAAAGUUCUUCAAAUCAACUUUUAUCCUCAACAUCAAUUCCAUCGAUAGUUAUCACUAAUAAUUCGACAUUAACAAACGGUGUUGAUGAUUCGUCAACAUCCUCGACGGAUAUCAAUGACGAUACAACAAUGCAACUACCACGUAGUUUAAUCAAUGAAAACAAACCUUUUUCAUUUAGUUUACCAUCGAAAAAGUCUAUUCCACAUAUAACAACAACAUCACCAUCAACAACUACGUCGACUUCGUCAUUAGCGUCAUCGACUACAACCGCCAAAAAAUUAGUAGAAAAUUCUAAGCUAGGCGAUACAAAUAACAACAACAACGUACUCGAUACCAAUAGUGUUAGUGAUCAAAUACACACAUUAUUAACAUCAAAUCCAGUAGUUACAGAUUAUAGUAUCGCUUCUUCGAACAGUACAUCAUCAGUAUCGAAUUCUGUCCCCGUUCCCUCGACAUCCUCAUCAACAAAAACCACAACCACUACCACAGGAGCAUCAACGAUAACAACCGUAUCGACGCCUGAACCAACCAUGAAUUAUGUUGAGCAAUCUCAUUACGUUCAAUACGGAACAAGUCAACAACCUCCGUCCUAUCAUGAAUCAAUUGUUAAACCAUCGACAACAGCAGUCAAUAGUUUUAUUCCAACAUUAGCCAUGAAUGGCUCCAGUCUUUCAUAUGGUAAAUCGUCUCUUACAAAUGAUUGGCCAACAACUCCGCAAAACACGUAUACUCUACAAAUACCACCAUCCUCUUGUAUAAAAGAUGAACCACAAGACUAUAUCGCAUCUGGCAUCAAUGGUCAGUCUAUGCAAUUUGCAAAACCAAAAGCUUAUCCAAAUCGACCAUCGAAAACUCCUAUACAUGAGAGACCAUUCUCAUGUCCAAUUGAGAAUUGUCCGCGACGAUUUUCUCGAUCAGAUGAGUUGACAAGACAUAUUCGAAUCCAUACUGGUGAUAAACCAUUUCAGUGUAAAAUUUGUGCUCGAGCAUUUUCGAGAUCCGAUCAUUUAACAACACACAUUCGCACUCAUACCGGAGAAAAGCCAUUUUCAUGUGAUAUAUGCGGUCGUCGGUUUGCUCGAUCUGAUGAACGUAAACGUCAUGCUAAAGUUCAUCAAAAACCACGUAAUAACAACAACAAUAGUCAUCACUCUACUGACAGAUCAUCCCCGUCAUCAGGCUCGCGAACACUUUUAACACACAGUUUAGUUCCAGGUAUGCAUGAUGAUGACGGAGCAAAUGAAGAUAUGGCUGAUGACGCAGAUGACAGUUCUUCCCAACAUAGUGCUAAUGAUUCAUCCGAUCACCAACAACAACACCACCACCAACAACAACAAUUCCACGGUCAAUCACAUUCACUUCAUCUGCCAAAUCAAUGGGUAUGA